GAAUUUAUUGCGUUUCUUUUUCAACAAUGCUAUUCGUGCGUAACUUAACAACAAUAAACGCCUAGUAUGGAUAAAUAAAAUCGUUGAACAAAAGAUUAUAAACAGGCUUAGGCAGGAAAUUUUCUUUUUCUUUCUUUUCUUUUGAUUCAAGCUUCACGUGUUUCGCUAAAAUAGCUAAAAAAUUUACAAAAUUUGAUAGUUUUUACAUAGGAAAAGAGUGGAAAAUAUAUAUCAUCUUUUAAAAGGUUUCUACAGCUUGGUCUAUCUCGUUUCUCUGGUAACCAAAUAUUUAUAGGCGUCUCUUAGGCAGAAAUGAUUGCGAGUUCGACUAAUCGUCUUUCUCGAAAGGCUUCAUCGUCUGGCUCAUUACGACUUAGCCCACCAAAAAGGGUUAGAGGAUCCAAUACGGUAAAUAAAUCCAAUUCUGAACCGGCCUCUCCAGUUUCCAAACCUCGAAGGGCAAUAUCAACACCCGAAGAAUUAUCAUCCAAUCACGCUAACGGCUGUUACGAUCAAAUUGAGCAUAGGGUCCAACACAAGCACGUUCCAAUCAAUCAUCAAAACGCUACUUCCAUUAAAAGAUCGCCUCAUCCGUCGGGUGCACAAACUCUACCAAAACAAUUUUCGUCCGCUUCCGGAGCUGUAGACGCCUAUCAGAAUCGGGAUACAAUCGAAGCUGAAAGGAUAUACGGCUCUAGGGAAAGAGUUGCGGAAACCGAACCUGAAGAAGAGGAAGAUCCAUACUCUACUGCUGCCGAACGAAAAUUUUCAGCAUUGGACGUUGAAGCGGAACCGCCACCUGCACCAGCUCCUAACUCUGUUAGGAAGAGUAAAAGUGUUUCUUCAUCUGAAAUAGAAUGGCCUCCACCUCCAGAACCUAUUGAAGACCAUCUUACGUCACCACCAGUAGAUAGCUUCGACUCUGCAACGUUGAAAAGAAUGCUUAGGACUUUGGACGAAAAUAAUGAAAAUCAAAACGGCGAUGGUAGACCUCCCAAAGCCCCCGAAAAGCACAAGGAAAAUUCCAGACGAAGCAGUCGACAGAUGCAAAGGUCAUCAGUUAGCUCAAAACAUUUCGGUAGCGGUUCCGAUACAACCGAAUUAUCCGAAUCUGAAGAUGGUAGUGCUACAAAUACAUCAGAUAGUGGAAGUUUAAAUACACUUCCGGCAGAACAAGCGGCCAUGUGGAGCUCAAAGAGUGCCGCUGUCCGAAAAGCGGGUUGGCUACACGCCAAAAAUUGGUUAAUACAUAAAAAGAGGAGAGUUGAACUAGCAAGAAAAAGAGUUUGGAAGAAGUAUUGGGUUUGCCUUAAAGGAACAGCCUUACUAUUCAUGAACGAUCCUGACGAAACUAACCCGAAAUAUGUUAUAAUUAUUGAAAGUGGAAUGUCUCAACCAGUACCAGAGCAUCCGAAAAGGGAAAAUAUCAUUGCUUUGACUACUGCAUUUGGGGAUGCUUAUCUCUUUCAAGCCACGUCCCAAGUAGAACAAGAAAAUUGGAUAUGUGCAUUACACUCAGCCUGUGCUUCCUGUUUAGCAAGGCAGCAUGGGAAAGAAAAUACUCUAAAACUAUUGAAAUCCGAGAUACAAAAAUUAGAAAGUUCUAUUGAAAUUGAUAUAAAAAUGAAAAAAAUGGCAGAUAUGAAAUUGGAGUCGGUAGCUGAUACGAAAACGAGAUCUGCUAUAGAAAGACAAAUUGCCCAGUGGGACGAAGAUCUGGAGAAAUUGUAUAUGGAACAAUAUAGGCUUAAAUGUUAUAUUGCUUCACUUCACGGAAAUGAACUCCCAAAUCCUAAAAACUUGUUGUCUUCGGUAUCGAAACCUACAAAGACAGCGCUUCUGCGAUUAGGCAUAUGUACAGUCAGUACAUUGCACGCUUUAGUGUGCGCUAGGGCACCUGCCACUGCUGCCACACUUAAUUUGCAGAGGAAAGGGGGUUUACUAUCGACUUUUAAAUCUGAUGUCACCUCUCGAAUCCGACCAAGGUCACCUAGACAAAUGGAUGACGAGGAAUACGUCGUCGAUCUGUCUAGAAGGAUGCAGGAAGAAACCCAAAGUCCAGAUAGUGAGAUCUCGGUGAAAAGCGAACUUAGAGUUGGAAUUCCGGGUGAUCAAUAUAUACUAGCAACAGUGGGUGAACGAACAACCAUAGGAGAGUUACUCGAUGCUAUCUGCUCAAGAAGACAACUAGAUCCUACAGAACACUUUGUAAAAGUUAUAACUAUAUCCGGUAGCGAAGUUACGCUCGAUAGGCAAAACGUUCUCGAUCUAGAAUCUAUAGAAUCUAUGCAAGUCUGCCAAAAGCUCAUUUUUCAAAUAGACCUCUUCCACACUGAGAAGGAGGGUGACUUCGGAAUGAAUGUUGAAGCAGAAUUAGCCGACGAGACAGAUGACGAGUUGCGCGUAUUCAUCUCUGAAAUUUCCCGAACAGGUGUAGCUGGUCGUAAAGGGCUGUUGGUUGGUGACGAAAUUCUCGUUUUAAAUGGUAGGAUCAUUGCUAAACUCGACAUGGUUUAUGUCGAGAACAUACUCAACGCAGAAUGUAAAAUUUCCUUGACUAUCCGUUCUUGCCGAACUGACCUUCCUGCUUCAAUUAACGCUCAACAACAACAAUCGGCAGCAUUUAUCGAACAAAUAGUCAUACCUCCCCCACCCUAUCAAUCUAUCAUUUCUGAAAGGGAGCUUGGUGAGCUAAUCUUACCAGCCCCCGAAUCAAAAAAGGGCUCAGAUGUGCAAAAAACGCCUGAAGGUGCGUCUGUUGAUUCACUUCUUCAAGGAGCCGAACAAGUAACUCAUUUCUGUCGACUGUUGCAUUCCAAACACGGCGAAAGAGUCGAAAUCGAUGGUGGUGUUCCAUCCGACGAUUCGAACGGUAAACAAUUAACGGAAGGGGACCGACUUCGUAAAGUUGUUAAAGAGUUAAUUUCGACUGAGAGAUUGUACGUCAGAGAUUUGAAUUGCCUGAUUGAGAGAUACUUGGAACCAUUAAAGGACGAGACAUUCUUAACAAGUGAAGAUGUUGAACAGUUAUUUGGUAAUAUUAGAGAGAUUGUAUCUUUUCAAAAGAUUUUCUUAAAUGCUUUAGAAGAGGGUGUCAGAUUAGAGCAAAAUUUUGAUAUUUUUCAAGAUGGCGUCCAAUUUAAGAAACUCUUGCUAUCUUUAGCCGGAACAUUUUUAUAUCAUGCCAACCAUUUCAAGCUCUACUCUAGUUUCUGCGCUAGCCAUUCAAAAGCUCAAAAGAUCCUGCAGCCUGAUUCGAAUCCCCGCCUAGCCGAUUUCCUUCGUGCUCGUAAUCCUAAACAGCAGCACUCCUCUACACUGGAAUCAUUCCUAAUAAAGCCAAUUCAAAGGAUAUUGAAAUAUCCUCUUUUGUUAUCCGAAUUACGUGCGCUAACAAGACCGAAUUCGGAAGAAUUUCAACAUCUAGACGAAGCUUUAAGGUGCAUGCAGGCAGUAGCUGAACAUAUAAACGAAAUGCAGAAAAUUCACGAAGAAUAUGGUUGCGUAUUUGAUUCCCUAGUUAAGGAAUAUAAGUUGGAUUUGAAUAUUGCUGAUUUGCAUAUGUACGGCAAUGUUAAUUGGCUAAACGCAUUGGAGGACGUUAGAAAAGUGAAGAAAGGAACUGAUCUUUUAAAUAUCGUUUUCGUCUUUAAGCAAGCUCUCGUUCUAUUGUGCCAAGAGAGGACGCAGAGGAAGCGUUCACCAAAAUCAAGACAACAACCUCCACCAGGUCCGGGGACCGAAGGUAUGGAGAUUGUUAAAUUUCGUACAGCCAUACCAGUCGAAGAACUGCAAGUGAGAGCAACAGGAGUGGGUGAUACGGAAAGGCACGGUCUAUGGACGGCCGUCCAUUGCAGAUCCGAACAGGAAGGACGACCAGAAAAACGAUACGAAUUCGCAAGCUCUUUAAAUGCGAAAGCCGAAUUUCUCAAAACUAUUAGAAAUACUAUACGAGAUAGCGUCAAAAGGAUGUCAGUACCUUCAACUAGACGUCCAGACUCAUUAUCGUCAAAGAGAAAGACAGUAGCUAGAUUUGAUAUGUCCAGAUCGUUGGAUAUGGAAGAAAGAUCUGCCGCAAGUGAUAGUGAUAGCUCAGCCCGAUUAAUGUACUCCAGUCACAGACCCGUAAAGAAAGCAACGCCAAAGACUACCGAUACUCUCGGUUCACCAGUUUGGAAGCCAAGAACAACACCUACCUACACAGAUUACGCAAGCGUACAAGAGCAAAGACAAAGAAGAGUUACUCUAAAAGCCAAAGCACCACAAGGUGUUUAUGCAGAAGAUACUGACUGUUAGGUUCUAAUUGUGUUCCCUCCCGACCCUUAUUCGGUAGUUUUUAAUUGGUGCUAGUUCGGCCCUCGUCAAGACUUUUCUUUAAAAACGAACAUUCUUUUUGUAUGAGUACAGUCUAUGAUAAACUUUACAAACAAAUUUAAAAGAUAAAAAAGACAACCAAAAAACUUUAAUACAGCCGAAUUUUUCCUAUCGUCA